GACUCAAGCUCUUCGUCAUAGCCAAUCGACUGGAGGAUCUGCUCCUCUCGAAAACAUGUCGCCUAUGAAGCUGUGUGUUCCAGGUGACAAGCUAUGCAGCACAGAAGACUGUAUUCCCGGCACAGGAAUUUAUCUGCGACACGGCUGCAUUUACUCCUCACUAACAGGCUAUGUGCUUAAGAAAAAUGAAGGAGAGGAGUUACCAGUGAUCUCGGUUGUAAGGGAAACAGAAACACAACUACUACCAGAUGUAGGAGCUAUAGUCACCUGUAAGGUGACCAGCAUUAACCCCAGGUUCGCAAAAGUCCACAUCCUUUAUGUGGGCUCCACACCGCUGAAGGACCGCUUCAGAGGAACUAUCAGGAAAGAAGAUGUGCGUGCCACAGAGAAAGACAAGGUAGAGACGUACAAAAGCUUCAGACCUGGCGAUAUCGUCUUGGCCAAAGUUAUUUCUCUCGGAGACGUGCAGUCAAACUACCUGUUGACAACAGCAGAGAACGAGCUGGGGGUGGUGGUGGCACACAGUGAAGCAGGUGCCCAGAUGGUUCCCAUCAGCUGGUGUGAGAUGCAGUGCCCGCAGACGCACAGCAAAGAAUUCCGGAAAGUGGCGCGAGUGCAGCCGGAGUUUCUUCAGGCAUGAUGAGACGACAGAUUAUAUCACAAGGAACACACAGCUUCACCUCUCUCUCUCUCUCACUGACCUAACAGCCUCGCAACUCUGUUAUAGAUGUUUCUUUCUGAACAUUUUUAUUCGGCUACUUCUAUUUUUGUAUAGCUCUCUGGACAUGGUGUCAUAGUUUGAUUGGUCCAGCUGGAAUACACUGAAUCAACAUCAGGCAUAUUCUAAACUAUGUAGUGACGGUUGUUAGACAUUUUUUGCUCCGUGCACGCAUCAUCAACAUUAAAGUUGCAUUUAAUUUGCUUGAUCACAACCCUGGCUGACUUAGUGACAUUGUAGCUGCCCAACUUUGUAAGUGUCCACUAUGUUGAAAAGCAUAAGUAAAGAAAGGACUAUUUCACAAAGGCAGCAUUUGCUCAGUUUUGCUAACAAGUAUUAUGGUCGAUCAUCUAGUGACUCUGAGGAUGAAGCAGUUGGUGCAAACACAGAUUUGUAAGCAGAAAUUCUUUUAAAUGGCUGUUAUUGGUCUGAAAUGAUGAGGAUUUGACCAAAAUUGCUACACUUUGAAACUUCUUUUGCAACUUUUAUUUUGUACAUUAAAAUGGGCACAAACAUCCUUUCCAACUUCUGGAAAAGGUUGUCUGCAGCAGAGUGGAGUGAUAUGAUUUGAGGGCCUAAUGUGUAAUCAGCGUCACAGCUGGACUAACCGCCCAUGUUAGUCAGAUAUUUCUCUUGGUUUACAGAAGAUUGUCUAAAUUAAAUGAAUGAGCCGACAAUAUGUAAGCAGAGAUUUUUCCAUUCUGUCUGGAAGUUUGCAAAAUAAAAAACUAUAAACAUUU